AUGCUGGAGCCGGUGACCAACACGGGCAUCAUUCUGCCUCUGCAUUCAAGCGGUCGACAGGCACCACCGCUCGUACAACUAGCCGACCCAACAUGUUUGGAUACGUUGCGGCAUCCCAGUCCGAUCCCACUGUCAGCAAGGGGCCUUCCCCCAACCAGGAAGUCUUAUUUGGUUCGCCAAUCACUAUUUCCACGGCGUGCUUCAUUAUCCCCGCGAUUGCACCAAAGGAGCAGUGAGCCGCUUUUGCUGAGCCCUCGCCAAAGCGUGGGCCACAUCCCGUCGAACCCUGGGAAGUUGGCCCAGGCCGCUCAACAAACCAUUGGCCUGCGCGCACGUUCACCUACGAACUGCGUGGCAUCUGCUCCGGCACCUCCGGCACCUGCUCCGGUGCAGACGAAUGCGUCUGCGACGAAUGGCUAUAUCCGACCAGUUGCGGUGGAUAGCCAGUCGACGCCUCGUCUGCACAACGGACAAGUACACAGUCAGAGUCGGGAGCCACUGACUUUGAUGCAUCCCGUGCCACGAGCUCCGAGCCCAGUCGGAAGUCCCGGGCGGUGUUAUUGUCAGGUGGCAAGUCCCUAUCGUGCCUUUCGGGCCGGUCCUGACACCUUGGCUCAGCAGCUACAGGCAUUGCAGGAAGCCAAGAAAAUGGCAGCUGCCCAGCAGGUGGAGAGUGAGCAGAUGAUCGCCCAGCGACAGGACCAGCUUCGAAGAGAGACAUACAAAGCUUUGUGCGGCAGCGCGCUCUCAGAGGAUGUCAGUCCAGAGGUUGCCACCAGAUCCUUGGCGCAGACCGUGCGGCAGUGGCCUUUGCCGGAGAAGCCGUGGCAUGCAGACUGCGAUCGCGGGGAGGUCGCGGCCCUCCACCAGGCUUCUGAGGACAGCGCAGAUCAAGUCCCGGAAGAGCUUCCCAGCGAGUCAAGAUCGAUUUCUCCACUCAGGGACUAUCGAGACCCUUCAAGCCCAGAGGAUUCAUUACCAGAAGCCACAGAGCCCGCUUCUGCCGGACCGAAGGCGAUGGAGAGGGCCAAGGUAAUUUCCCCGUCGGCUUCCAUUCCUGCGCACAAGUCUUCCGGAAGAGUCAGCAUUGGGCGCACUGGACGGCCUGCUCCCUUGUAUCUUCCACAGGAAGAUGUCCAUCGAUGUUCCCACGAGUUGAAGACAAUCGCUCAGGGGAUAUCAACGAUACACCUGCGUGAGCUUCGGAUGCUCAAGCGCCCUCCUGCGGCAGUGGUGACUGUUCUUGAGGCUUUGAAAGUCAUCUUGGGCGAGGGCCAAACCGGUGGCUUCAAGAAGCUGCUGUCCGACUCUCUGCCACAGAGGCUGGAAACUUUCGAUCCAUCCUCAUUGAACACGCAGCAAGCUUCUAAGCUAAAGUCGUUGCUCGGUUCCGGAACCAUCCAUGCCGAAUCCAUGUCGAAGAUGUGCCAGCCUUGCACAAACUUGACGAAGUGGUGCGAUUGCAUCUAUGGGUUGUUGCUCGGCGAAGUACGAGAUGGCAGCAGACAUUUGACCGAGGAGGUAAUGGGGCGCAGGAACACUGACUCUUCCAAUUCUCACGGCACACGUAGCCACACAGAUCUUCACGACCGGCAGACAAGCAGGCAUGCCGGUCUCUUGCAUGUCGAACCUGACUUGUCUAAGUUAAGCAAGGAAGAGCUGGCAUCAGUACAUGAGCUCACUGUGACCAAACCUGGUAUAGGCUCAGUCCUGUUCCAUGGUGUUACAGAUUGUACUGACCUGGACAUUCAAUCGGACAUUGUGCUCAAGCGGGGCUACGUGCUGGUGUACCCAGAUGCCUCACGAAAGCCUCCUGUCGGCCAGGGUCUCAACAAAAGGGCGACGGUCACAAUGUACCAAUGCUUCCCACCUGGGGAGCGUGUGGAAGACAAGCAGGUGUUGGAGGAGUACAGAACAAAGAUCAAGAUAAUGACCGAGGAGAACAGAGCAUGUAAGUUCAUUGACUACGAUUGCUUGACCGGCGUAUGGACGUUUGAGGUCGGACGGUUCUGA